UCGGGGAACAGGGUGGAGCGUGGCCUGCUUUAGGCGCUCUCUGUUGUGUGACGUCACGGGAGAGGAGGCGCCUGAGAGAGAGCGACAGAACGCUGGAGCAGGGGCUCCCAGAGAGGUUUGCGCGCGGUCACGUGAGUACGGCCGAACGGUAAUGGCGGCCCCCUGGUUCCUGUUCCUGCUGCUGGCGGCGCCGGACGCAAUCCAGGGGAGCGGCUGCCGGGCCAACGCUCGGGGGGCUGGGGCUGAAGGCUGUGGGCCCACCGGACUUCUGCUGGAACACUCCUUCGAGACAGAUGACAGCGUCCACUUUCGGAAACGGGGCUCCCUGACGUGGAACGUGCAGGACGGGACGAUCACCCUGACUCAGAGGCAGCUGACCGAGGACGAACGGGGCCGCCUGAGGGAUGUGGCGGCUCUCCACGGCCUGUACAGGGUCAGGGUGCCCCGGAAGCCAGGGACCGCCGAGGGUCUGGCCGCAGCCGGCUACGUCUCCUCCUUCGUCCCCGCGUGCUCCCUGGUCGAGUCCCACCUGUCUGACCGGCUGACCCUGCACGUGGAUGUUGCUGGCAACGUGGUGGGCCUGUCCGUGGUGACCGAGCCUGGGGGCUGCCGGGGCCACGAGGUGGAGGAGGUCGACCUGGAGCUGUUCAACACCACCGUCCAGCUGCAGCCCCCCCUCACGGCCCCCGGGCCAGAGACGGCCGCCUUCAUUGAGCGGUUGGAGAUGGAACAGGCCCAGAAGGCCAAAAACCCCCAGGAACAGAAGUCCUUCUUUGCCAAAUACUGGAUGUACAUCGUGCCCAUCGUCCUGUUCCUCAUGAUGUCUGGCGCUCCGGAUGCUGGCAGCCAGGGAGGGGGUGGGGGCAGCGGCGGGUGGGGGCAAUGGGAGGUGAGGGGGGGGCUGUUUAUUUGAUGUAAAGUUUGUCACUGAAUAAACUGCUGGGAGCCGA